UUUUGUAACGCCAUUUUCGACCGAAGAUUUGUUACCAUUCCAAAAUACUCGUUAUCCACUACAACUAUUAUAAAUGGAGAUCACACAAUUAAUUCCAUUAACAACAACUAUCACUCUAUCCUCUAAAAUAUUUCUUCCGAUGGGUUUCUUCUCUUCAACGGCGCCCAAGUAUUACCUCAAUCGUGUUACUAGUAAAUAUCCAUUCAUGACUUGUGUUGUAAGGGUGAACACUCAAUCUCAAUGGCAAAGGACUGUUGCAAGAGUGUUGGACAAAUGCCACGGAGUACACAGUUUCAGAAUGGAUGAUUAUGGCGUCAUCGAAAUAUCUGGCACCGUUGAUCCAAGUUUACUGCUGAAAAUGUUGGGGAGAGCAGGAAGAUCCGUGGAGCUGUGCUGGUUUCAGUUCGGAGAGUGUUCCAGCAACCUCUUCAUGCCAACGAACCCCGGGGAAGGAAGCACUUACUCUCGCGAUGGAAGGUACCUGCACGCCUCCAGCCUUUCUCAACCAAAGCUACCUUCAAUCAACAAUCAAAACUGCGUUUUUGAUCAUGACAACUGCUACUAUAACAAGCAUGACUACAACCAUGGUCAUGGUUACCAUCACCAGCAAGGUUAUGAGCAUCAAUCUGGCUACAGUCAUGGCAGAAACCAGACUCAGAAUCGCGGUGGUGAAGACAUAGGCUGUUGCAGAGUAAUGUAGAUUGCUUGAUGCUACACUCAACCACACUCUUUUUUAAGUGAAGUUGAGUGUAGGAGCACUUUUUAAAGCUCACUAGUGUCUGAUUUUUUUUUUUGUUUGGUCAUUAUCUGUGGAGCACUUUUUAAAGCUCCAUAGUUUCUGAUUCUUCCUUUUCUUCAUUUUGUAUGUUGGAAACAUUUCCAACUCUGGCAGUAUAUGAACUUGAUUACAUCUAUUGUUCACUCUUAGGUAAA